UCUGUAGAUGUUGCCAGUGAAAAAGGUGAUUAUUUAUUUCUUUACGGACAACAUUGUUUAUUUUUAACAUUUAUUUGAUGGUUGUGAGAUUCUGAUUGACAUUAUUCAAAACCACAAUAGUUGUUAUCUUUAAAGGUAUAUGCAUACCGAUGCAGAUUGUUUUAUUCGAAAGACGUUAAGUGAGAAAGUUUUGACAGUUGUGAAUUAACAUUGUAAUUACAAUAGAUGAAACGAAACUGUUGUCAGAAAAGUGUUUAUAACAGUUCGAUGUGAAAGCAAUGUAGUACUAACAAUUUUGGCUAUUGUAAUACACAAAUCUGUGUUUCAUUCUUUUUUUAGGGUUGUUGGAGUGCAAGUGGUUCUCAAAAUAGAACUACAUGACAAUGCUACCGUUUUGUGUAACACCUCAAGACUGCGGGCCAGAGUCGCUUCUCGACCUGUGUUUCAAGUACAUCAUCCAGCAUCUGAAUAUUGUGUGCUCAGUCGAUCCCUUCACGAAGGAUUAUCACUUAAUUGAUGGGCUUGCUCUGCCGAGAGAGCUAUGUGAAAAACUUAUUGAAGUAUACCAAAAGAGUGGCAAAGAAGUCACUGAUGGUUUUGCAAACAUUUUUCAAAACCCGCACACGACGAGACUGAAAAGAGUGCGCCUGAGAAACUCGCCCAUCACGGACGACGGCCUGAAAGUGCUGCUCAGACACGGCCUGGUGGAGCUGGAUCUGUCGAACUGCUGCAACAUCACCGGCGCCUCACUGACUCACAUCAACGAGCACGGCGACUCGCUGGUGUCCCUGGUGUUCGGCUCCUCCGUCAACAUCCUGCCCGAAACUGUCGUGCUGGAAGAGCUGCGAGACAGCUUCAGUGCGUAUCACAAGCGAGGGCACGUGUUGAGGACUCCUAACCUGCAGCGCCUCGCCAUCAGGAAUGUUUUCAUCGGCGGGGAUAAGGCGUUCUUCCAGCUCCUCGUACGACCGUUGCACAAACUGGUACACCUCGACCUAUCCAACUGCUUGGAUCUAGGUCCGGACUUGUCCUACCUCACGGAACUGAAGUAUCUGACGUCUCUGGUGCUGCACAACGUGCAAAGACUUCAGGAGUCGCUGCCAUCCAUAUGCCAACUGAAACAGCUGAGGCACCUGGAUGUCUCGCAGGCCACGGAGAAGCAAGGGAUAUUCAGGAACGAGAACCAGAUGCUUGCUCUUCUCGUGGAGAGCUUGCCCCACCUGGUGUCCCUGGACAUCUCCGGCACGAACCUCGCCGGCACAGGCGUGGCAGAACACAGCCCCAACUCCAAAGACUGCAAGGACUCGAUGCCCCAGACCGACAUCCCGGGCCUCAGCUCGCGGGUGAACGCCCCGUUCGACUUCCUGGGACUGUACGGGACGCACCACGCCGCCUGCCGCCGCCACGACAUCCCCGCCAGGAACAUUGCCGGGGACCUGAACGAGGUGCAGAUCUUCAACGCGGCGGCGGCCAACAUCGACCGGCCGGCGAUCCUGCAGAAGGUGCUGAACGACCUGUACCACCUGUUCCGCUACGAGACCUGCCACGACCCCAGCCACGCCAUGAAGGUGGUGCUGGAGGCGAUGGACCGGCACCUGGGCGAGAAGCACAUCCAGAUCUCCGGCAGCGCCACCUUGUUCUACAUCGUGAAGGGCAAGGACCGCAGCCUGCUGGACAUGAAGACCAAGCAGCUGGUGAUCGGCACGCUGCUGAACGGCAUGAACAUGUACCGCGAUGACGACACCAUGAUGAGGAACGGCUGCCUCACGCUCUGCCAGUUCAGGAUCCCCGACGACGUGUUGUUCGACUACCGCCGCCUGGUGUCCAUCCUGCUGCACAUCGUGUCGGAGAUGGAGCAGGAGGGCUUUGUGCAACGCAUCGGCAUCUACCUGCUCAACUCGCUGGCCUGCCAGGUGGACGGCUUCCAGAAGCAGCUGCUGGGGGACCUGGGGGCCAUCAGCCGCAUGCUGGGCCUGAUCGAGGACCGCCUGGCGCGGCGAGUCUGCGACGACGUGCUGGAGGUGGCGUGGUCCACCAUGUGGAACGUCACGGACGAGACGGCCGUCAACUGCAAGCGCUUCCUGGACGGCGGGGGCAUGGAGUUCUUCCUGGGCUGCCUCAGCGUGUUCCCGGAGAAGGAGGAGCUACUGCGCAACAUGAUGGGGCUGCUCGGCAACGUGGCCGAGGUACAGUCGCUGCGGCCGCGCCUCAUGACGCGGCAGUUCGUGUCCGUGUUCGCCGAGCUGCUAGACUCGUCCAGCGACGGCAUCGAGGUGAGCUACAACGCGGCGGGCGUGCUCUCCCACAUGGCGUCGGACGGCGCGGGCGCGUGGACGCUGGACUGCCCCCGGCGCGAGGACGUGCUGCAGCGCAUGGUGCAGGCCAUCGAGCGCUGGGACCUCGACACGGAGCGCAACAUCAACUACAGGCACGUGUGGGGACAAGAGCACGCUAAGUCGUUCGAGCCGAUCCUGCACCUCGCCAAGAUGUACCACACGCCCGAGUGCCAGCACUGGGCCGUGUGGGCCCUCGCCAACUUGACAGAAGUUUACCCGGCCAAGUACUGCUACCUGGUGGAGGCGGAGGGCGGGCUGGCGCUGCUCUCGGAGAUCGUCCAGAACGAGCAGCCGUACGCGCGCAUCAAGGAGCUGGCCCUGCUGGUGAUACGGCACUGCCGGGAGUUCAAGGAGCGGGGCUACGUCUCGGGAGACGCCCAGCUGGACGGCUAGCUCCGUCGCCCUCGGUGGCCGUCAACCGCUUCCACCCCAUGUACAAUGCAUCUUUUUCUUUUGUACAUAACCAUUUUGUAAAAAAAAAAUUAAUUCAUAUGUAAUGUAUGUUUUACUUUGAAUCUUGCUGAGGCUUAUGUAUAAAAUUUUGAUAAAAGUCAGCUCUACGUGCUUGGAAAAUGUUUUCGUGACCAGCCACGUAACUUUGGCGUAGCCGUAGGAUUGUGAUUCUUCCGUGUGCGUCUCUGUUUCUGGCCGUGUGCGUGCCGUCACGGAUGAAGUUCGUACGUGGAUCGAGCACGUCCGUUCUAAUUGUGAUUGUUACUGUAGCAAGGGAGAAUGUUGUCUUUUUGCUGUCGAAUGCACAUUUAAAUUGUCUUAACUCCUGUUUUCUGUUAAGUGUAACACGAAAGCAGACUUGGUGAGUCAAGUUGUUGGAAAUUUUUAAAAAUUAUGGAAAGUAAUGUGUAGAUCACUGAAUUUGUGUACAGUUUAAAGAGAGAAAAAAGUAAUAUUUAAGUAAAUAAGACUUUGUAGGUAAGACUUUUUUUUUAUUAUAAUUGACAACAAUUAUUUUUUUUUGUAGAGUAGGAAUAAACCAGUCUAAUAGAAAGUUUGCGAGAUUAUUGAGGUUGUGUGGCGAUGCAGGCUGCUGUUCCUAGUACGUAGGGACUGGGCAAAACCCAGUUUGUCAUAAAUAAUGUAGGGAAAGUCAUCUCCAAAAGCUGGGUGUAAAUUUAAUUCAUCCUAGUGUGUGAGAACAGCUGUGGCUACCAGAACACAGCAAUGGUAACUUAAAUAAAAACAACCUUGACCAUAACAUUACAUUGUUCAUUUAUUUAAAAAAAAACUAUUUUUAUAGCAAUAUUAUAAUAUGUAUAGUACCAAUAAAUAAUUUUGUCAUCUGUAAUUUGGAAUUCUAAACAAUCGAAAAUAACUUAUUAUAGAUAAAUAUCAGACAUUCAAAUUAUUUUUUUAUAUUUUAUUUUCAAAAAAAAUUUUUUUUACUUGUAUAUAAGAUCUUAAAGUUUUAUUAGAUGGAAAAAAAAGUUCAAAUCGCAAUACUUUUUGUUUUAGAAGAAAAAAAAUUUUCUUUUUGCCCCAAAAUUUUUUGAUAAGAAAAAUCUUCGUCCCACCCAGUUGUAGACACUUGUGAUACAAUACUUUGUAGUAAAAAUUACAAUUUAUGAGCUGUAAAUAAAUGUUGCUUUCAAUUAUAAAAUAUUUAAAAUCUU